ACUUUCCUUGAGCGCUCGAUGGCGGUCUUCCAGCUAUUUGUCAGUCUCUUGGAUGGAAAAUCUGUAGACCUAAAAUUUCCACUCCCCACAAUCUCAGGCGAAACCCUAAAGGCUCAUCUCUACGACCUAACCAGUAUCCCUCCGCAGCAUCAACGAUUGUGCACCGGUUGUCGAAAUAUAAGGGAAGAAACCCUAAUUGUAGCUUCUGAAGAUGGUUUUUUCCCCUCUGUUCAUCUCUUGCUGCGUCUUAUUGGGGGGAAAGGAGGGUUUGGGUCUCUCCUCCGAGGCGCUGCCACAAAAGCCGGUCAAAAGAAGACCAAUAACUUUGAUGCGUGCAGGGAUAUGAGCGGUCGAAGGCUUCGGCACGUUAAUGCGGAGAAGAAAUUGGAAGAGUGGAAAGCCGAGGCUGAGGAACGGAAAUUGGAGAAGAUUGCUGAGGACUUCCUUAAGAAGCAGGCCAAAGCGGCUAAGAAGUCGGGGUCGGGUGAAUCCGAGAAGUAUAUCGAGAAGUACAGGGAAGAUUCGGCCAAGUGCAGGGAAGAGGUUGAAGCAGCAGUGAGGCAGGCCUUCAGUUUUCACGAGAGCUCGAAGCGUAAGAUCACCACUGAUAACGGGCCCGAGUCGAAGCGGGUAAAGAUAUGGAUGGGUAAGCGAACGUUUGAUGAGAGCGAUAGCGAUGAGGAGAAUGAGGCUGAAAGUGAAGAUGACGAUGAUGAAAAAUCCGUUAUUUUGAAUGAUGGAAAUUCCUCAGGACGCAGUAAGGAAGGGGAUGGGAAUUCAAGUUCGGAUUCGGUUUCUGAUGGACAACCAGAAGGGGAGUCCUCUGGUGGGGAUUAUACAGAAAGCAACUUGGAGGAAGAAAAUGACGUUGCCGCCGAUAGAAAGGGUUUUGAACUAGGUGAAGCUCCCGGAAGUGAAGCAAUUCAUCCUGAAGAAGAGGUUUUUGUUGAGCUCGAAUUUGGGAUUUCCAAGGAGACAAUUGUUCCACGCCCUGAUAUAUCUGAUUUGGAGGUGGCAGUUUCUGGAAGUGAAGGUGUUCAUGCUGAAGGGACUGAUUCUCUUGAACCGGAUACUGACAAUCGUGAAGAAGUUGGUCAGGCUACAAGCAUAACCGGUAUGGGAGAGGGGAAAGGUUCUGAAGGCGGAGCACUUGCUGCCGAACUAUGUGAUUCUGUUGAGCUAAAAUCAGAAAAUCAUGAAAUGGUGGUUGAUGAUGCAAGCAUUUCAGAUAUGGAGAAGCCAUUGAAUUUCAAGGAAUUCAACUCGGCAGCAGAGAUGGAGGUUCUUGGCAUGGAGAGGUUAAAGAUGGAGUUGCAAAAACAUGGAUUGAAAUGUGGGGGUACUUUGCAGGAGCGUGCUGCUAGGCUUUUCCUGCUCAAAACAACACCUGUAGAGAUGCUUCCCAAGAAACUUCUUGCCAAGAAAUGAGCUUAUUCUGUAUGUUUAAUCUUAACUUGUUCUAUUAUGUAAGAAAUUUUUACCUUCUGAAAUCAAUGAAGUCUGCAUAACAUGUAUCAACCUUGGGUGUCUGAACAAUCCUAAAAGUUACGUUGGCUUUUGGAUAUGUACCUGUUUGAAAGAAUUGUAGCAAUCAAAUGAUAAUUAGUUUGCAUUCUGUCAAAUUAAUUUGUAAAAUUCGUAUGGUAUAUUUGGCAUUUUU